UGAAAGCAAAUACGACCCCUCAGCUAGGCCAAAUACCAAAUUAGAGCUCUACACUUUUUAUCAUCUUGUGUAUGACUUGCAUCAGCACUGGCUCCUCUCUCCUUUCUGUCAUACGACUGGACAAUACACGGACAUGUCACAUCGCAAAUUCCAUGCACCACGCCAUGGGCACAUGGGAUUUCUGCCCCACAAGCGUAGCAAAAAGCACAGGGGGAGAGUGCGUACGUGGCCCAAAGAUAGUCCCAGCCGACCUGUCCACCUCACUGCCUUCCUGGGAUACAAGGCUGGCAUGACCCACACCCUCAGAGAAGUGCACCGCACUGGCCUAAAGCAAUCAAAACGAGAGGAGGUGGAGGCAGUCACCAUCAUUGAGACGCCUCCUGUCAUCGUGGUGGGGGUGGUGGGAUACAUUCAGACUGUCCGUGGCUUACGUUCUCUCAAAACCAUCUUUGCUGAGCAUCUGAGUGAUGAGUGCAAGCGCAGAUUCUACAAAAACUGGUACAAGAGCAAAAAGAAGGCCUUCACCAAACACAGUAAGAAGUGGCAGGAUGAGACGGGAAAGAAACAGCUGGAUAAGGAUUUUGCCAUAAUGAAGAAGUACUGUUCAGUCAUCAGGGUUAUUGUUCACUCCCAGAUGCGACUGCUGCCCAUAAAGCAGAAAAAAGCCCACAUCAUGGAGGUGCAGCUAAAUGGGGGCAGCAUGUCAGACAAGGUGGACUGGGCAAAGGAGCAUCUGGAGCAGGCUGUGCCAGUAACUUCUGUCUUCUGCCAGGAUGAGGUGAUUGAUGUCAUUGGUGUCACCAAGGGUCAUGGUUUCAAGGGUGUGACAAGUCGAUGGCACACAAAGAAGCUCCCGAGGAAGACUCACAAGGGUCUGAGGAAGGUGGCCUGUAUUGGAGCCUGGCAUCCAGCCCGAGUGGCCUACACUGUUGCUCGUGCUGGUCAGAAGGGAUAUCACCACCGCACUGAGCUCAACAAGAAGAUCUAUCGUGUUGGUCAGGGUGUCCACAUUCAAGAUGGAAAAGUGAUCCGUAACAAUGCCUCCACCAGUUAUGACACCAGCCAGAAGACAGUUACCCCAAUGGGAGGCUUCCCCCACUAUGGUGAAGUCAACAACGACUUUGUCAUGGUCAAAGGCUGCGUGAUCGGUGCUAAGAAACGUGUCCUCACCCUCAGAAAGUCUUUGCUGCUGCAUACAUCUCGCAAGUCCAAGGAGACCAUUGAGCUGAAGUUUAUUGACACAACUUCCAAAUUCGGUCAUGGUCGCUUCCAGACUUUCCAGGAGAAGAGGGCAUUUAUGGGGCCACUGAAGAAAGAUGCCCAAAAGAUACUACCAGAGACUCUGCCUGAAGAUGCCUGAGGGAAACAUUUACAUUAAAAACGUAAUAAAAUUGAGUUUCAAAUACUG